GCUGAAGCCAACCUUUAUCUUAUAUACAGCAAACAAAGAGACCUAAUAUCAUGACAUUACAGAAUUUACAACUACUUAUGUUUUAAAAGCUCCGGUCGUGAAGAACUGCUGUCAUAUUCCCUAGGGGCCUGGAGCUAUCAACAAUGGGGACUCUGUCAGCCAAAUGCUUGGUGUUGACCCUCGUCUUAACCUCAGGGCGUUGGCGACCAGGCGCUGCCCAACUCCCUGACUAUCAGCCACAGCAAGUGCAUAUCGCCAUUGGAGAGACGAAUGAAGAGAUGGUGAUCAGCUGGGUCACGACGGAUUACACGCCUUCCUCUGUCGUGGAAUUCGGGACGGAUGCCCUCAAAACGAGAGUGGAGAGCCUCCCGAAGAACUUCACGAACCUGGGGUUCGAACUGAGGGUCAUCUUCAUGCACAAGGUCACCAUUGGGAACCUACUCCCUGACACGAGAUACUUCUAUCACUGUGGAAGUGAAUACGGCUGGUCAGACCUCUUCACCUUCAAGACCUGGAAAUCUGGGACGGACUGGCCAGUGAAAAUAGCUAUGUACGGUGACCUGGGAUCUGAGAAUGCACAGUCACUCCCAAGACUGCAGACUGAAGUGCAGAACGGAAUGUACGACGCCAUCAUCCAUGUGGGAGAUUUCGCAUACAACAUGCAGGAUGACAAUGGCAGAGUUGGAGACGAAUUCAUGAGGCAGAUCCAACCAAUAGCUACCCUUCUCCCUUACAUGACGGUUCCCGGAAACCAUGAGCUGGAUGCUUUAGAGUUCAGAAACUACAUGCACAGGUUCCAUAUGCCAAGCCACAACAGCUCAUGGAGUCUGUACUACAGCUGGAACAUAGGUCCAGUCCACUUCAUCGGCGUCAACACAGAGCUCUACUACCAGGUCGAAUACUUCCUUGGAAGACUUCAGAAUCAGCUUGAAUGGCUUGUGAACGAUCUGGAGGAAGCAAACAAACCAGAAAAUAGAACCGAGAGACCUUGGAUUAUCCUGUAUGGCCACCGUCCGAUGUACUGUUCUACAGUUUGCCACGAUGAUUGCUAUAAUGUCAACUGCCGCACCAGAGUGGGAAUGCCCCACUUGAAGCUACCAGGGCUAGAAGAUCUUCUGUAUGACUAUGGCGUAGAUCUAGCAGUCUGGGCCCACGAGCACUCCUACGAGAGGCUUUGGCCAAUAUACAACUACACUGUUGUAAAUGGAUCCAUGGAAGAACCCUACACAAACCCUCCGGUGCCAGUCCACUUCACGACCGGAUCGGCCGGAUGCAAAGAACGGAUAGACGACUUCGUCUAUCCGCAACCGGACUGGUCUGCAUUCCGCGUGGCCGAUUACGGAUACACCAGGCUCACCGUCCAUAACAAGACCCACCUUUACUGGGAGCAGGUCUCUGAUGAUGAGAGUUUAGAAAUAUAA